AUCAUCAUCCCCAUCAGCAGCAGCGGCAGCAGCCCCGCCUCAGGACGCGAACCGCUGGCUCGUUCCUCCCUGACUCAGACUCUGACUCUGACUCCUCCACAUCUGGCGGGCUGUCAGAAGGUCGCUGAUCCAUCGCUCCGUUCCCACCGGCGCGGCAUGUUCACAUCCACGCCGUCUCGCCACAAGAAGAAAAAGAAGCGGAUUUUAAGCGGUGCUGCGUAAUGUCUGAGGUGCGGAAAUUCACAAAGAGGCUGAGCAAGCCGGGGACGGCCGCGGAAGUCAGACAGAGCGUGUCGGAGGCAGUGAGGACUACCGUGGACCCGGUGGAGCAGCCGAAGAUCAUCGAGCCUCUGGACUACGAAGCGGUGGUGUUUCAGAGGAAAGCCCAGAUCCACAGUGACCCCCACAGAGACCUGCUCCUCUGCCCUGUUGACGAUGUUUCGGAAUCCCAGAUCUCCCGACAGAGGAGGACGGUCUUUACCUCCGUUCCUCAGAAUGCUGAGCAAGAGGCCAGGAGCCUGUUUGCUAAAGAGUGCAUCAAGAUGUACAACACCGACUGGCACAUCAUUAACUACAAAUAUGAGGCUUACUCAGGAGAUUUCCGCAUGCUGCCAAACAAAGGGCUGAAGACAGACAAGCUUCUUGCUCAUGUGUUUGAGAUCGACGAAGAUGCCAAAGAUGAGGACACGUCUUCGCUGUGCUCCCAGAGGGGAGGCAUCCUGAAGCAGGGCUGGCUGCAGAAAGCCAACAUCAACAGCAGCCUGUCUGUCUCCAUGAGGGUGUUUAAACGGAGGUACUUCUAUCUAUCCCAGCUUCCUGACGGAUCCUACAUCCUCAACUCCUACAAGGAUGAAAAGAACUGCAAGGAAACCAAAGGCUCCAUCUACCUGGACUCCUGCAUAGAUGUUGUUCAGAGUCCCAAGAUGCGCCGCAACGGUUUCGAGCUGAAGAUGCAGGACCGCUACAGCCACUUCCUGGCUGCGGACAGCGAGGCAGAGAUGGAGGACUGGGUGGCCACGCUUAGACAGGCUCUGCAGAGCGGCGCUGAGGCCAUCCCCGAUAAGAGGAACGGAGCCGAGCCGACGGACUUUGCCACAGAUGACGACACUGUAAGCCAAGGAAAAGGUGAGGCUCUGCAGGAGAACCAGGGGAGGAGUCUACAGAACGAACUGAUGAAGUACAUGAGGGAGACAGACCAGCUCAAUAAGAUCAACAGGAAUGAAGGAAGACAAAAGCUUUUCUCCCUGGACCCUGAAACACAGAGGCUGGACUUCUCGGGCAUUGAGCCAGAUGUGAAGCCGUUCGAGGAGCGUUUUGGCCGCCGCAUCAUGGUCAGCUGCCACGACCUCACCUUCAGCCUCCAGGGCUGCGUUAAUGAAAAGGCUGAUGGUGUCCUGACAAACGUGGAGCCGUUCUUCAUCUGCCUUUCCCUCUUCGACCUGUCCAAAAACUGUAAGAUCUCGGCCGACUUCCACGUGGACCUGAACCCGCCGUGUGUCCGGGAGAUGCUGAUCGAUCCUUCCGGUCAGCUGACUCCGUCGUCUGACUCUGAGGGUGCAGAUGGAAGAUCUGGAGAUGGGGGAGGAGGGGUGAUGGUGAAUGGAGACUAUGGGAGAGGGAACGGCCUUCCUGUUGUGCAGAGGGUGUCAGAAGCUCUGCUCCGCUUCCCAACGCAGGGCAUUUUUUCAGUCACCAACCCUCAUUCUGAUAUCUUCCUGGUGGCUCGUGUGGAAAAGGUGCUGCAGAAUGGGAUCACCCACUGCGCUGAGCCUUACAUCAAAACCUCCGACAUCAACAAGACGGCCCAGAAGGUCCUCAAAGGUGCUAAACAGACCUGCCAUCGCCUGGGCCAGUACAGGAUGCCUUUCGCCUGGGCUGCCAAGCAGGUGUUUAAAGAUGCUCAGGGCAGCCUGGACAUGGAUGGGAAGUUUUCUCCGCUCUAUCGCCAGGACAGCAGCAGAAUCUCCACAGAUGACCUCCUCAAGCUGCUGGCCGACAUCAGAAGACCUGAGAAGAGCAAACUUCAGAUCAUCCCAGGACAGCUGAAUGUGACCAUUGAAUGUGUGCCACCCGAUUUCUCAAACACUGUGACGUCUUCCUACAUCCCCAUCAAACCCUUCGAGGACGGCUGUGAACGUGUUUCUGUUGAGAUCGAGGAGUUCCUCCCAGUUGAGGCCAAGUACAAAUACCCUUUCACCGUCUACAAGAACCAGCUCUACAUCUACCCCCUCCAGCUCAAAUAUGACAACCAGAAGAGCUUCACUAAGGCUAGAAACAUUGCUGUCUGCAUGCAGUUCAAAGAUUCAGAUGAAGAAAACUCUGUCCCUUUAAAGUGCAUCUACGGCAAGCCGGGAGACUCCCUCUUCACUAGCAGCGCCUAUGCAGCCGUCCUGCACCACAACCAGAGCCCAGAGUUCUAUGAUGAGGUUAAAAUUGAGCUGCCCGUCCAUGUGCAUGAGAAACACCACAUUCUCUUCACCUUUUACCACAUCAGCUGUGAGUCCAGCAGUAAGGCGAGCAGCAAAAAGAAAGACGGAGUGGAGACACUGGUGGGCUACUCCUGGAUGCCUCUGCUCAAAGAUGGGAGGAUGCAGUCAUCUGAGAUCCAGUUACCUGUAGCCGCUACUCUACCUGCUGGAUAUAUGGGUCAAGACAGCAGAAAGUCCCAGCCAGAUAUCAAGUGGGUGGAAAAUGCCAAGCCAUUGUUUAAAGUAAAGACCAACGUAGCAUCAACGAUAUAUCCUCAGGACCUCCAUCUGCAUAAAUUCUUCCAGCACUGCCAACUGAUGAAGACCACAUCAAAUGGUAACCCAGCAGAACUCAUCAAGUACCUGAAGUGCCUACAUGCUGUGGAGACUCAUGUUAUCAUCACCUUCCUCCCAACGGUGCUGAUGCAGCUGUUUGAGGUGCUCACAACCGCUACCAAAGAAGCCCAUGAGAUUGCUGUCAACUCUCUCCGUGUAAUUAUACAUAUAGUGUCCAAAUGUCAUGAGGAGGGACUGGAACACUACCUUCGCUCCUUCGUUAAGUAUGUCUUUGUGACAAACGCUCCGGCAGCAGGAACCUCGGCGACCACUCAUGAGGUGCUGGCCACUGCUGUUACAACCACCCUUAAGCAAACUGCGGAUUUCAACACCAGCAAUAAACUCCUAAAGUAUUCAUGGUUCUUCUUUGAAACCAUGGCAAAAUCCAUGGCCCAGUACCUGCAAGAGGGGAACCGCAUAAAGAUGCCACGGUCCCAACGCUUCCCUGACAGUUUUCACCAGGCGCUCCAAUCCCUGGUGUUGUCAAUCAUGCCUCACAUCACCAUCCGCCACAUGGAAAUCCCAGAGGAAGCGAGAUGCAUCAACUUGAGCCUGGCCAGUUUGAUUAAGAGGUGCCUGACGUUCAUGAACAGAGGCUUUGCGUUCGGCCUGGUCAACCACUACAUGUGCCACUUCAGUCUGAAAGAUCCAAAGGUGUUGACAGAAAUGAAGUUUGAGUUCCUCAUGGCCGUGUGUAACCACGAGCACUUCAUCCCGCUGAACCUGCCCAUGGCGUUUGGCCGAACCAAACUUCAGAGAGUGCAAGAUUUAAUUCCGUAUGCGACGGAGCUUUUUGGCCCUGUAGAACAGAGUCUGGAGUUCAGCCUGACAGAGGAAUACUGCAGGAAUCACUUCCUGGUUGGUCUCUUGAUGAGAGAAAUAGCUGAGGCCUUGCAGCAGGGACCUGAGGUCAGACAGCUGGCCGUGAGCAUACUCAAGAACCUCCUCAUUAAACAUGCCAUGGAUGAUCGCUACACGGCCUUCAAGAACCAACAGGCAAGGAUCUGCAUGCUGUACCUGCCACUUUAUGAGCUGCUCUACCAGAACCUGAAGCAGCUGUCAGCUCAGCCACAGAUGUCAGGUCUUGGACUUGCUUUGAAUGGCUCCCGAGACGACCUGAUAUCAUCGGCCUCCACUGACAGCAGGAGAAUCAGCACUGCCAUUGAUAAAGACCACGGUCUUUCGGCUCUGAAUGGUCAGGCGGUGAGGAGAGAGGACUCCAGAGGCUCUCUGUUUAUGGAUUCGGGAACAUCAGACAACCUUGAGCUACAGCGUCGUUGCUCCACAAUGAGCAGUAGCGCCGGUGCUCCUGUUGGCAGACUGGGGCUCUAUGAAAUCAAGGGCCUCCUGUUCUCUUUCCUGCACAUUGUCAAAACUUUGUCAGAGGAAACUCUAACAGCCUACUGGAGCAAAAUCAACCCUCAGGACAUUAUGAAUUUCCUCAGCUUGCUCGAGACUUGUAUUAUCCAACUUCGGUACAUUGGCAAGAGAAACAUAAGCAGGAACCAGGACAUAUGUGUGUCAAAGCUCUUCUCUUCGGACAGGAAGUCUCAGACGAUGCCAGCCAUGCGUUAUAACCGUGCUAGCCUGAUGCAGAACAAGAUUCACCAGUUCAGCACCAUGGACACCUCUCUCACCCUCAACAUAGGAACGGGUCCCACGGAAGCAGAGGUCCACCAUCAGGCUCUGCUGGAGGGUAACAUCUCCACCGAGGUGUGUCUGAGCAUCCUGGACGUCCUCUCUCUUUUCACUCAGUGUUUUAAGACCCAGCUGCUGGACAGCGAUGGUCACAACCCGCUGAUGAGGAAAGUGUUCGAUGUCUACCUGACCUUCCUUAAAGUGGGCCAGUCUGAGGCUGCAAUCAGACACGUCUUUGCUGUACUCCGAGGUUUCAUCAGCAAGUUCCCGUCUGUGCUGUUUAAAGGCCGUGUGACACUGUGCGAGGACCUGUGCUGCGAGGUGCUCAAAUGCUGCGUAUCCAAGCUCGCUGCCCUGAGGGCCGAGGCAUCAGCGCUGCUGUAUCUGCUGAUGAGAAACAAUUACGAGUACACAAAGAGAAAGACUUUCCUGCGCACACACCUGCAGAUUAUCAUCGCAGUGAGUCAGCUGAUCUCUGACGUGGCGCUCACGGGCAGCUCCCGUUUCCAGGAGUCCCUUUCCAUCAUCAACAAUUUUGCAAACAGCGAUAAGGCCAUGAAGUCCACAGCAUUCCCCUCAGAAGUAAAGGGUUUGACCAUGCGGAUACGGACGGUGCUGAUGGCCACAGCUCAGAUGAGAGAGCACGAGAAAGACCCCGAGAUGCUUCUGGACCUCCAGUACAGCCUGGCCCGCUCCUACGCCAGCACGCCUGAGCUGCGACGCACCUGGCUGGACAGCAUGGCCCGAGCACACCUGAAGAAUGGAGACUUGUCUGAGGCUGCCAUGUGCUACGUUCAUGUGGCUGCACUUGUUGCGGAAUAUCUGCACAGGAAAAAGUUGUUCCCUUGCGGUCUGGCUGCUUUUAAGAAGGUCACCUCUAACAUCGACGAGGAAGCUGCAAUGAAAGAGGACACAGGAAUGCAGGACGUCUACUACACUGAGGAAGUCUUGGUGGAGCACCUUGAAGUCUGUGUGGAGGCCUUGUGGAAAGCCGAACGCUACGAGCUCAUCACGCACAUCGCCAAGCUUAUAAUCCCCAUCUAUGAGAAACGUCAUGAGUAUGAAAAACUGAGUCGGCUGUAUGACACUCUUCACAGAGCCUACAACAAAAUCAUGGAGGUGAUCCAAUCGGGCCGAAGGCUGCUUGGGACAUAUUUCCGAGUUGCUUUUUAUGGGCAGGGCUUCUUUGAGGAAGAGGAUGGAAAGGAGUACAUCUACAAAGAGCCCAAACUCACCGGCCUUUCAGAGAUCUCACAGCGGCUGCUAACCCUCUACGGGGACAAGUUUGGUCAAGAAAACGUCAAAAUCAUCCAAGACUCAAACAAGGUGAACCCCAAAGAGCUGGACUCCAGGUUCGCCUAUGUCCAGGUGACAUUCGUCAAGCCCUACUUCGAUGAGAAGGAGGCACCAGAGAAGAAGACAGACUUUGAGAAGUGCCACAACAUCAAUCGCUUUGUGUUCGAGACACCGUACACGCUUUCGGGAAAGAAACAUGGUGGCGUAGAGGAGCAAUGCAAAAGGAGGAUCAUCCUCACAACUGUCAACACUUUCCCGUACGUGAAGAAGCGCAUCGAGGUGGCGGGGGAGAGGCAGGUGGAGCUGAAGCCCGUAGACGUAGCCAUCGAUGAGAUGAAGGCGCGGACAGCGGAGCUGACCAAGCUGUGCUCCAGCCAGGAAGUGGACAUGAUCCAGCUGCAGCUCAAGCUGCAGGGCUGUGUCUCCGUCCAGGUGAACGCAGGCCCCAUGGCGUAUGCCAGGGCGUUCCUGGAUGAGAGCAAAUCCAACUCAUCCGGCAGUAAGAAAGUCAAAGAGCUUAAGGAGGUUUUCAGACGUUUUGUCGAAGCGUGCAGCGUGGCGCUAGACAUUAACGAAAGAAUCAUUAAGGAGGACCAGUUCGAGUAUCACGAGGGCCUGAAGUCUAACUUCAAGGAUAUGGUGAAAGAACUGUCUGACAUCAUCCAUGAACAGAUCUACCAGGAGGACAUGAUGCGAUCGCUUCUUCAGAACUCUCUCCACGUGUUUCACGCCAUCAGUGGGAUGUCCACAGACCUGAGCUGACCUCAAGAACCGCCACUCUCUUUCCAACACCCACCACUUGUAAUGUUUAUCUACCCCACCCCUGGCAAGGAUGCCAUCUGCCUAUCUGCUGCA